AUGUUCGGUCUGAUGGCCCAUUGCUGCAGCUGGUUCCAGCGGCGGCAGGAGCCCGUCAGAAAGGUGACUCUUGUGAUGGUGGGACUUGAUAAUGCUGGUAAAUCAGCAACGGCAAAGGGAAUCCAAGGAGAAUGUCCCGAAGACGUAGCUCCUACUGUUGGAUUUUCCAAAAUUGACCUUAGACAAGGAAAGUUUGAAAUCACCAUCUUUGACUUGGGAGGUGGAAAAAGAAUUCGGGGAAUCUGGAAGAAUUACUAUGCUGAGUCCUAUGGGGUCAUAUUUGUCGUGGAUUCUAGUGAUGAAGAGAGAAUGGAAGAGACAAAAGAGACAAUGUCAGAAGUGCUAAGACAUCCUAGAAUAUCGGGAAAGCCUGUAUUGGUGUUGGCAAAUAAACAAGACAAGGAAGGGGCUUUAGGAGAAGCUGAUGUGAUUGAAAGUCUGUCUCUGGAAAAAAUGGUCAAUGAACACAAGUGCCUAUGUCAGAUAGAACCUUGUUCAGCAAUCUUGGGAUCUGGAAAGAAAAUUGACAAAUCCAUUAAAAAGGGCCUUUAUUGGCUGCUAGAUAUCAUUGCAAGAGAUUUUGAUGCCUUAAAUGAACGCAUCCAAAAGGACACAACAGAACAACGUGCUCUUGAGGAACAAGAGAAACGAGAAAGGGCUGAACGAGUGCGAAAAUUACGAGAAGAAAGAGAACAAAGAGAGCGAGAGCAGGCUGAACUCGAUGGAACCAAUGGUCUGGCUGAGGUGGAUCCAGAACCAAUUAUUGUUAAUCCUUUCCAGCCGAUAGCAACUGUAAUCAUUGAGAAUGAAAAAAAACUUGAAAGAGAGAAAAAGAGGCAAAAUGCAGAGAAAGACUGUGAUGCUUGCCCCCUGAGAAAUAAAAUGGAGCAUGAGCAGAUGGAGACACAGAGCCAGAUCAGUGACAGUAGCCAAAAAAGCAAUGAGUUUGGAACCAUAGAAAACUAUAACGAAGCAUUAACACAGCAGUUGGAGAAUGAAGAUGAGGCAGACCAGCCAUCAUCAGAAUCAGAUAACAGUAAAAAGAAAACUAAGAGACUAAGAAUAAAAAGAAGUCACCGUGUAGAGCCCGUUAAUACAGAUGACUCUGUUCCUAAGAGCCCAACACCACCCCCGCCGCCCCCUCCUGUUGGCUGGGGAACACCCAAAGUCACUAGACUUCCAAAACUUGAGCCUGUUGGUGAAACACGUCAUAAUGAUUUUUAUGGGAAGCCACUGCCUCCAUUGGCGGUGCGACAGAGACCAAACAGUGAUGCUCAUGACAUGAUCUCAUAA